AAAGGAGUCUGUAAAGUAUAAUUUAAAAAAAUGUGCUUAUAAACAACCUAACAAUUGUACACUAUUGAUCUUUUCAUUUGGAGAAUAACAGGACUUUGGUGUAUCCUUCCCAGCCCACUCACCCUACUUGCUUGGCUGCUGGGCUUCUAUAGAAGAGUUUGAAGAAAUAUAUUCUGCAAAUCUAAUGAAAAAUUUAAAAACUAUUAAUUUAAAGCAUGAUAUAGUGGAAAUAAUGAUACUAAUGCUGUUAGUGGCAUAAGAGAUAUUUUGAAUACAAAGGUAUAAAUCAUUUGUGCCCAUAAUUAAAAGUUAAAAAUUGAGGAACAUUUAGGUUUAUUUCUUUUAGACACUUCUGUUGUAUUAGACAACAAUGCAUAUUAAACUAGAGGAAUGUGAAGAUGUAGACAGAAACUUGUGUGUCUCUUGAAGAAGAAAUCUAGGCAUUCCCAAGGACUUUUGGGUUUAUGGCACUGGUUCUUUCAUAUAUGUAUGUUGCUUUCAUUUGCUAUUGUAAUUAUUUAUACUAUUUUUAUAAUUGCAGCUAUGAUCAGGAUCUUUUGUUGUUGUUCCCAAGUGAACAUAAGAAAGAGGGAAGGGAGCCAAAUGAUUUUUCCAAGAUUAUUAAGCUAGUGGGGGAAGGAGGAACAAGAUAAAUCGGGUUUGAGGUUGUGCAAUUUUUGAAAAGACACUUGUCCAAUGUGGAAUCAGCAUAGUUAUGAGAGCUCUAUGAGGGACUGGGCUAUAGUGCAGAGGAGCGAACAUAGGGUUGGAUUGUCAACCUUAAACAAUGAGAUUCAGAAAAUGUGAAGUGGAGAGUUUAUUCAAGCCCAAAGCUUGAGGGUGGCCAAAUGGGAGGAUAGACUCAAGUUGCCCUGAAUAUACACUCCAAUUAGCAGCAGUUACAAGUGAGUUUUUAAGAAAAAAGAAGAGGUAGUUCCUAAUUAUUAUCUAAAAUUUACAUUAAAAUAAUAAGCUACUGAUUGGCUAUUCUCAUUGUUCUUUUUAUCACAAAUUUCAGGAACUUGUGGUCAAUGGGUAAGGCUGCUAGUCAGGAGCAAAAUGCCUUUAAACAGUUGCCCCCAGACUGCUCUGAGUUGUUUUUGUUUUCUCAGGAUUAUAGAUGAUCUCUCAGUAGAGGGUGGGGACAGGGAUAAAGGGACAGGAGGAAAUCCUGGACCAGUUCUUCUCACAGGACUCUUGGCUGGUAAGUUGGCUUAGCAUAUCCUGGGAAGCUAUGUCAGAAUAAGCUGUUUUAGGUAUCAAGUAUAUUGUAGCCUUUAGGUGCCCAUAUUUCAUCUCAUCUUGCCCAGAAUGACCACUCAAAACAAUUGGUAUUCCAUGUUCUCUUAUUGCUGGUGCACCUUCUUUUACCUUGUUUGUUUUUAGUUUAAGCUUUGAUGUUGAUCUUCUCACUACGUUUAUUCCUCUGAGCAUUCCUUCCAACCUUGAAUCUACACCAUGACAGAAUAGUGGUGUUUAUUAAUAUCUUAACGUUUAAAGCAAUCUUUAUUCUUGACACAUCUUAGUCCAUGGUACAUAGGAAAGCGAUCACAAAUAACCAAAACCAUGAUUGAGAGGCACCAUUGACUUUGCUUGAAAGAUGAGGUGUAAUUUAGUAACUCAAGGUAAGACAUAAAUAACUUAUUCAGACUACUUUAGGAAAAAAGAGCAUUUGCUACAUGAAUCCAUUGAACUGGAAAUGAAAGCCAUCAUGGACUGAAGCAUAGAGCUGCUUCAGGGAUGGGCUGUUCUGUCUCUUUUGGGCUACACGGUCUCUCUAGUGGUGACUCUGCCUUGCUCUGCAGCUCAGGUACUGUUUUCUUUGCACCAGCUACUUUUUCUCUGCUUACUGGUAGUUUCUGCUUCCUCAUUUUUCAACUUGCCUUUGGUCAUCAUUAUCUGUAAAGCUCUUUAGCUCAUGCUUUACAUAUUUUAUAUAUAUAUAAAAAUUUAUAUUUUAUCUUUAGCUCCUAGCCACAAAUAAAAAUGAUAAAAUUUAUAUUUUAUCGUUAACUCCUAGUUCAAAUUCCUAAGAGGACUGGUUGAAUAAAUUAUGUUAAUACUUUAGGAUACUUUAUAGCUGUGAAAAAGGUUCCUCGCCUUUUCUUGCUUCUGGUGGCUGUCUGCUUUCCUCAAGCUGCCGACCAGUCCUUGAGUCACUCCAGCCUCUUGUGUCUGCCACACCUCCUGCUUCCUCCUUUGAUCUUCUCACCUCCUGUGUAAGGAUUCCUGUGAUUACAUUGGGCCACCUGCAUGAUCCAGGAUAAUCUCCCGAUUUCAAGAUCCUUAACUGAAUUACAGCUGCAAAUCCCUCUUGCCAUGUGAGGUGACAUUUACAGGUUCCACGGAUUAGGAUGUGGACAUCUUUGGGGGAAGGGUUGUGGGCAUCUGUAGCUUACCACACCUUGUAAUAUCUAAGUUUUUCCCACUCUCUAAACAUCUGAGAUCUUUUGCUUUAGUUGAAUGUUACAACUGGGUUUAGCUGAGCAUAAACUUAAUUCAUUGGUGUCCAGCUAAGUGUAAUUAAUGUUCACAGGCAUGCCUCUGACAAGGCUGUUACUUUUGCAAAGUGGUUUCCAAAUUGUACGUUCCUACCCAUUUAAAAGAAAAAGGGAAACAAUGAAAGGAAGAAGAAAGGAAUAAAUAAAACAGAAUGGAAAAUUUCACAGUGCCAUCUUACAGUGCUUACAACAUAGUGCCUCAUGAAACAUUUGUUUCACUUGUAUGUGUGUAGUGUGUUAAAAAUGUCCAAAACUACUGCUUUAGUAUGUAUUUGCUUACUGUCUGAAACAGGGGCUGCAGGUUUCAUGUUAAAAAUUAUCAUGAAAAAUUACAUUAAGAUAUAAAAUGUGUAUGAGAAUAGCAUUCCUACUUAGCUUUAGUUUAAUGUUUUAAAUAAAUUUUUUCUUUGUUGUUCCAUGAUAAGUUUUGUUAAAAGUGCUAAGAAAGUGGCUAAUUUUGAAGCACAAGAUUAAGGCAUGUUAUGAAGCUGCUUGUUUAAAGCCCCUGUUUGUUAUUUGAUGGAAUGCUGGGUGUAGGCUGGUAUGGUUCAUGGUUGGGAUCUAGCCUGAAAGACAUGUUUUCACCCUCAACAAAUAUCAUCUUUGUUCGAAUAUCCAUGUGAUCACAGCAAGAUCUUUUUUCCUCCCCUUAGAAAAGGACAGAAUGCAUCUGAAACUUUUUCUUUCUUAUGCUUGUUUCACAAAUAGUUUAAAGUAGAGCUGCUUUCUCCUUUCUUUGUUUUAGUUAGUUGCAGAAUGUGUGAGGUACCAUCUAAUGCUCUUGGUGUGUUCAAGAACUAUAAAAUAAUAAUGAAAUCUUGGAAUAGAUAAGUUACUCUAUGAGGACUGAAGCUUUAGUUAAUUUCCAAGGUCAGACUGAUUAUCUAACAAAGGAUUCAGAACAGGAUGUAGCACUGAAACUAGCUCAGGAGCGAGCUGAAAUAGUUGCUAAAUAUGACAGAGGACGAGAAGGUGCAGAGAUUGAACCCUGGGAAGAUGCUGAUUACCUUGUUUACAAAGUCACGGAUAGAUUUGGCUUUUUACAUGAGGAGGAGCUCCCAUAUCAUAAUGCAGCUAUGGAACGGCAAAAGUACCUGGAAAUUGAAAGAACUACCAAAUGGCUGAAAAUGUUAAAAGGAUGGGAAAAAUACAAGAACACCGAAAAGUUUCAUAGAAGAAUUUACAAAGGAAUCCCACUCCAGCUCAGAGGUGAAGUCUGGGCACUCCUUCUUGAGAUCCCUAAAAUGAAAGAAGAAACAAGAGACCUUUAUAGUAAAUUAAAACACAGAGCACGGGGUUGUUCACCUGAUAUCAGACAAAUAGACCUUGAUGUCAACCGCACAUUUAGGGACCAUAUCAUGUUUAGAGACCGAUAUGGUGUUAAGCAGCAAUCCUUAUUCCAUGUUCUUGCUGCAUAUUCUAUUUAUAACACGGAAGUCGGGUAUUGUCAGGGCAUGAGCCAGAUCACAGCCUUGCUCCUCAUGUAUAUGAACGAGGAAGAUGCCUUCUGGGCCCUAGUCAAACUCUUCUCAGGUCCCAAACAUGCCAUGCAUGGCUUUUUUGUCCAAGGUUUUCCUAAACUCUUGAGGUUUCAAGAACAUCAUGAAAAAAUACUGAAUAAAUUUCUGUCCAAGCUUAAGCAACACUUGGAUUCUCAAGAAAUCUACACAAGUUUUUACACAAUGAAAUGGUUUUUUCAGUGUUUCCUUGAUCGUACUCCCUUUACACUAAACCUCAGAAUAUGGGAUAUCUACAUCUUUGAAGGAGAACGAGUUCUUACUGCUAUGUCUUACACAAUCUUAAAAUUACACAAAAAACAUCUAAUGAAAUUGUCUAUGGAAGAACUUGUAGAAUUUCUUCAGGAAACCCUGGCAAAGAAUUUUUUCUUCGAAGAUGACUUUGUAAUAGAACAACUUCAGAUUUCUAUGGCAGAACUAAAGCGGGCGAAAUUAGACCUUCCAGAACCUGGUAAAGAGGAUGAAUAUCCAAAGAAACCUUUGGGGCAGCUUCCGCCUGAAUUCCAGUGUGGUGGCGUCAGUCACCUGAGCAAUGGCCAAAGAAGCGUGGGCAGGCCGAGCCCGCACUUGGGCAGCAGGAGGGAGAGCGUGGUGUUGUCGCAGCCCAGGAAACAGGAGCACUCCCCGCGCCACCAGGGGAGGACGGCCACCCCGGAGCGCGCCAGGCAGCCAAGACGGAAAUCACUGGAGGAGGACGGCAAGAAGCUUAAGGAAGAGGCGGAUUUUCAAAGAAAACCCCCGUCAGGUCCACACGACAGUUCCAGGCAGUAUAAUCACGCCACUGCCAACCAAAACAGCAACGCCACUUCCAACGUCAGGAAGGAAUUCGUGCCCAGGUGGAACAAACCGUCGGAUGGCUCAGCUUUGGAGAGAACUGCCAGACUCGCCGAAGGUAAGAGCAGAGCGGGACAGCCCACGCUCACAGUCCCCGCGAGCCCUGGCGACGCCCGGGUGUCGCUCGCGCGGCCCAGGGCCCUGGAGGUGGAGGACGGCAAGCGCGGCUCCACCGCGUCGCAGUACGACAACGUGCCGGGCGACAGCGUGCCCGGCGAGGAGGGCGAAGGCGCGGCUGCCGUGGAAGAGGCCCUGGAGAGGGCUCGCUCGCACAGCCCGAGGACCGUCGCCCCCGCCAGCAGCCCGCGGAGGCUCGCGGACCCCAGCGCCAGCCCAGCCAAGGCUCCCAGCAGGUUCCCCUUUAGGGCGCAGCCCCCAGGCUACGCGCACCCGCCCGCCCACGGCGACGCCCCCAAAUACCUCCCCGCUGCCAACAGCUUUGGGUCCCCCCACUUCAGCCCCGGGGCCCCAGGUCAUCCUUCCGGGAGACCUUACGGCUCUACCCUUUCCAUAGACCUCUCUCCGGACAGAGCGCCCGGCCGCCCCGCCCCGAUCGUGCUGCCGCCCAGCCGGAUAGAAGUGCUUCCCGUGGACGGUGCCGCCGCCGGGCACCCGGGCAACUCGGGGUCACCAAAGCACACGCAGUUCAUCCUUCCUCCGGUGGAUUACUUGCCAGAUAACCGAAAGUGGUCGGAAGUGACUUACACCUACAGGCCCGAGGUGCACGGGCAGUCGUGGGCUCGGGACGCCGGCCGUGGCAACAUGGCGAAAUACGCGGCCUUUCCGCACGCCCCCUUCCAGGACCACGGCCUGCCUGCCGUCUCGGUGGACAGCCCCGUGCGGUACAGACCUUCGCGCGCGCUGGAGGACGCCAGUCCUCCUGCCUAUCAGUAUUCAGGGCCCUCGCCCCCAGCCUACCACUACAGGAACCGGGACGGGCUUUCCAUUCAGGAGUCAGUGCUGCUGUGACAAUUGAUCUGUGCUCGCCGGCGCCGAGAGUAGAAACCACAGGAAACCCACAUUGCUAUGUUUGUGAUUGCCAAAGCAGUAUUUUAUACUAUUGUGAGCAACUUGCACAACCCUGGUGUCUGUUAGUGAUAAGAAUAUAUGGAAAUGUCUUCAUCCUCAUGUAGAUGCUGCUUAAGAUGAGCAUUUAAAUUACAUCAUCACUGACCCUGUUAAAAAGAAUUUAACCUGGAAACAGCAAUAGCAGUUAGGGAUGCACGCACAGUGGUAAUUUAUUACUCAGUUUCAUUUAUAUCUUUCUCCAAAAACUGAACAUUUUUACUCUAUUGGCCCGUUCUAUUUAGACUAAUGUUACAAAGUACUGAAAAACUAUAGAUUAGGUAUUUUUAAGGCUACGUGUAGUGUGUAUGUCUUUUAAUAGCUGUCAUAGGCAUCGAUGCAUACACAUUUGAACACAGAACUAAAGAAGUGUUUUUAAAAAACUACUUUUAAUCUAGACCCGUGGAAUAACAUGUUAUUCUUCUUUUCCUUAAUGUCUUUUAGUCCAGUUUUUUUCCUCUCAUAUUUUAACCUGACUAAAGAGUUUCCCCGAUUAUAUUAAUUCAAUAUCUCACAGAAUGCUCAUCAUUCUCCUUCAGUUGCUAUCAUUUUCUUUGAAUCUGGAAAUUAAAUAUAUUGGAGAGAAAGGCUAACCACUCAAUGGUGCUUAAAAAUCGAGGCAGUUAAAUAAGGUUAUGGCCAGAGGUGUAGGGCUCCUCACACCUGUUUACCAGGCCAGUCUUAGCGCUCUCGUGCCCUUUGCUCUGGUCCGACUCCUGCAAAGCUCCGAGCAGGCUGUCCCCGCCAGAUGCCCAGGCGACCCCGGGAGCAGCUCUCCAGUGGGUGCCGCGGGAAAAGCUGCAACAUACUGCAGCAUCGCUGGCCCAGGACGCAGCACAAAUGCCUUUGAAAUUCAUUUGGAAGCAGGAUUGACAACAUGGUUACUUCUCAGUUCUGCCCCAGGGUGGUCGUUUACAUGAUCCUGGCAUUAUUUCUUUAGAGAAUGUAGUCAAUGGGUUUUAUACUGUUCUUAAUCGGGCCAUUAAAUUAUAGCCAUGUAAAAAUUAUAAAAAAUGAUCCUAAUUGUUAAUAGGAGUGUAGGAUUUUGAUCUUUUAAAAAAAUAUAGUGUUGCUUUCAUGCUUUUGAAAAUCUUUUUUUUUCUUUUUCAUUGAAAAAAAUUCAGGUUCAUGGUAAAAAAAAAAUUAGUAAUGUCUUUUAAAAUACCCUAUUACACUACAAUCACCAAAACACUGACAAAGAAAGUCUGACUUCAUAUUUAAUUGGGGAGCUUGUUUUCAACAUUAGUUUGCUUCCAUUUGAAUACUAGAGAGUAGAAAACCUAUACUGAUGGUUCUUCCUGUUGCAAGUUGGAACUUUAAGCUUUCAAGGUACAAAAGUUUGUCUGUUAAAAUGAAAGUAACAUUUGUUUAGCUAGUGAAUGUGACAAUAUUUUUUAUGUAUAUAAUGAGUCUAAUGUAAUUUUAAUCAACUUGGUAAUGAUGUUAUUAAAUGGCAAAACAAACGCAGUGUAUUAAGCUGAACACUACACUGAAGCUCAAACAAAACCCUGGUAAAAUAACCAGGCUCUUGAUUUAAAUCAUGUGGAACCUGAGAAAUAAAUGUAUAUAAAAAUGUAGCUGAGGAUAUUAAUUCUAAUUUUUGAACCAUGAUUCUGUGACUUACAAUAAACCAAGCUGUACAAUUUAGUUUAUGAUAGCAGUGUCUGAGCUGCUCCAAAAUAUAUAUAUCAACGUGGUAAAUACUGUAGAUUUUUAUAUAUAUAUGCAACAUAUAUAUAUAUAUAUACACACAUACACACAAGCACUAUUUUCUUAUGUCAUCUAUGACAUUUUUUAUCUGUAUACUUUUUUUGAUGUGAUUUUUAACAUGCUGAAAGUAAUAAGUAUA